UGCCUUGCUGGCAGAGCCAGGACCAAUGGGGUGCUGCACCCCAGGAGGCCUGGGCCAAUCUGAGCCUGAGCCCCAGGGGCUCCCGGCCAAUCAGGCGCUGCACCCCAGGUGACCCAGCCAGUGGGAGGAGGCGGCUCCCAGGCCUGGGGACAGACGGACUGACAGCCGCCGCCAUACCGGACGCGAUGGGGGCCCCAGGCUGGGCCACCCUCCUGCUGCUGGCGCUCGGCACCCAGGCACUGAUCCGGAUCCCCCUGCGGAAGUUCCCUUCGGUCCGGAGCAGGUUCCGUUGGCCGGGGCUCCCCAUUGCCGACCUGGGGGCUGGCAGGGGGCCGGGCAGGGGGCCCCACAGCCGCUCAGCUGGCCCCCAGCGUCUGCACAAUUACAUGGACGCCCAGUACUAUGGGGAGAUCGGGAUCGGGACGCCCCCCCAGCAGUUCAGCGUCGUCUUCGACACGGGCUCGUCCGACCUGUGGGUGCCUUCGGCCGGCUGCUGCCUCCUCCACCUGGCGUGCUGGGUGCACACUCACUACCACUCGCUCUUCUCCUGCACCCACAAACGCAACCACACCAAGUUCUCCAUCCACUAUGGGACCGGCAGCCUGAAGGGUUUCCUCAGCCAGGACACAAUCACCGUGUCCAACCUGACGGUGGAGAACCAGACGUUCGCUGAAGCCGUGGACCUGCCGGGGCUGGUGUUCGUGGCAGCCAAGUUCGACGGGAUCCUGGGGAUGGGGUACCCCAGCCUCUCGGUGCGCGGGGUCACCCCCGUCUUCGACAACAUGAUGGCGCAGGGGCUGCUGGACCAGAACGUCUUCUCCUUCCACCUCCGCAGGGGCUCAGCGGACGGGGGCGAGCUGCUGCUGGGGGGCACGGACCCGGAGCUGCAUGAAGGGGAGCUGCAUUAUGUGCCCGUGUCCCGCAAGGCCUACUGGCAGGUCAAGGUGGACAGGAUCCGGGUGAAGAAGGCCCAGGGGGAGCACCAGUGCAAGGGGCUGUCUCUCUGCCGGGGGGGCUGCCAGGCCAUUGUGGACACAGGCACCUCCCUCAUCGCGGGCCCCAGCAAGGAGAUCAAGAUGCUGCACAAGGCCCUGGGACCCUUCCACGCCCUCAAUGGGCAGUACCUGCUAGAUUGCGACCAGCUCUCAGGCCUGCCCGAGGUCUCCUUCGUGCUGGGUGGGAAGCCCUUCAGCCUGACGGGGGAGCAGUACGUGCUGAAGGUGACGCAGCUGGACAUCACCAUCUGCGUCAGCGGGUUCAUGGCCCUGGACGUGCCCGCCCCCGCCGGCCCCCUCUGGAUCUUGGGGGACGUCUUCCUGGGCCAGUACUACACGGUGUUCGACCGGGACCAGGACCGCGUGGGGCUGGCGCGGGCCAAGUCGCCCCCUCCCCCAGCACCGCGAGAGACGCCCCCACCCAGCACCACGUCGAGCCCCAAAACCCACCCCCCAGCCCUGAGCACCCCCCAGCCCACGACUCACACCGGGGCCUCAGGACGCCUGGGUUCCACCCACAGCUCUGGGACAGGAGGGGGGUCUAGUGGUUAGAGGAGGGGGGCUGGUGUCACAGAGUGUGGGGGAGUCGGGACCCUGCUCCCCCCAUUUCCUGCGACUCACUGGGACUCUCAGCUGGCUGGUAACACAGAAGGUUUAUUAGCCGACAGGAACAGCCCAAAACCCACAGCUUGUGGGUACAAGAAACAGGACCCCUCAGUCAGGUCCCUCUUGGGGGAUGGGGACCCCAGACCCCGGUUCUUGGUUCCCCCCCCAUCUCCCCAGCCAGCCCCAAACUGAAACCCCUUCCCGCUGCCUCCCCCAGCCACACCCCUGGCCUGCCCCCCCGCAGGUUCCGCAGGGCAGCUGCCAUCCCUUACAUGCCGGCCAUCAGGUGUCAUCCCCCAGCGAAGUCACCCCCUCAUUUCCCAUCCCCAGCUAGUUUUGGAGCAGCACCCCAGGGAAACCAAGGCACGCCCCGUCUCAGCUUGCUGGGCAGGGCUUAGCCGAUCUGAGAGGAGAAUUGCUUCCAGGAGGGAGCCAGCUCCUGUCUCAGGGAAUAGAUCUUCUAACGGGUCAUCCCCCUCCCAAUGCCCACACACGGCUUCACCGUGUUGACAUGGUACACCCGGCGGCGGUGUGCCAUUUUCGACAGCUCCACCGCAUAGUUUGCCUCAUUUAGCUGCUUGACAACCUUGAAAGGGCCUUGCCAGGCGGCCUGGAGUUUGUUUUUCCUCACGGGGAUGAGAACCAUCACCUGAUCCCCGGUGGCAAAGGCACAGGCUCGU